AUGAGUGUAAGGCAGCAGCAAAAGGAUGAAGCGACCGUGAAGAGAAACAGUUCAGAAUUUCAACAAUCUCAAGGGAUUGGGAGAGUGGAUAAAGGCGACGAGAGACAGAGAUGCGAGGAGAAGGGGAAACCUAGGAUCAGGAGCGGAGUGCUGGGGCUAAACAAGGCCCCCAGACUUCGCUCAAGUCUGAUAGGGCCAACCGAGGCCUGGGCUAGCACAGCAUGGACAGUGGUAAUCCUAGCGACAGCAGAGCUGAACCUGGCAGUGGCAGGGCAUUGA